AUGUCGACGACUCAGCGACAUCGCCAACGACUCAACAAUGUCGACGACUCAGCGAUUCAGCCACCAAACACGACAACAGGAUGCAUUCAUCUCUUCCUUUCCAAUAGACCCGGUUCCCCGUCUAUCUUUCUCUUCCGUAUCCACAGUACAUCGUCAACGGAUCGAGAAUCACUCGCAGGUCAUAACAUCAUGGACUUCAUCUCACUCAUUUGUCGGGGAAUCGCGGCUUUCCUACCUAUCAUCCGUUGGGGAAUCAUGGAUUUCAUUCCUUUCAUUUGUCGGGGAAUCGCGGCUUUCCUACCUCUCAUCCGUUGGGUCAUCAUGGACCUCCUCCCUUUCAUCUGUCGGGCCAUCGCGGCUUUCCUCCCACUUAUCCGUUGGAGCAUUGUGGCUUUCCUCCUUCCCAUCCGUCAGGGCAUUGUUGUUUUCCUCCGUCUCAUCUGUCGGCGCAUCGUGGAUUUCCGCCCUCCUUGCCGUUUGGACACCAUAACUUACACUACCGGAUGUUGGUGUGUCUUCCUCUUUACGAUCAUGCUGUUCUGUGUCCAGAUGUUGGCACUAUAUCAUGGCCAAGAUCGUCCCAGUACUGUCAUCUUCUAUUUCUGGGGAGUUUGCUGGAUUGUAAUGUUGGUGGCUCAAAUUUGCAAUAUCAUCAAGAUUGUUCCCACCAACGUUGGCCCAAACAACGACAGCGAUGAUGAAGGUCCCAGGAAGCCUGACAAUGUGGCUAUAAACCUCCACGCUAUGGCCGCCGCCGACCUCCACGCCUUUAAUGUCCACACUGCGAAGCUGGGUUUGCUAAUUAUGAUUAUUUGUAUUGUACAGUUUGUUUCUUCUCGUGGCAAUGAAUACUUCUGCGAGAUCGACGAGGACUACCUGACCGACCGUUUCAAUCUCACUGGUCUUAACACUGAAGUUUCGUACUAUCAGUAUGCACUUGACCUUGUGACUGAUGUUUUCGACCUCGACGCCGACGACGAUCUGCGUGAACAAAUCGAAAAAUCGGCGCGCCACCUGUACGGUCUCGUUCAUGCUCGAUACAUUGUUACCACUCGCGGCCUGGCCAAGAUGCUUGAGAAAUACAAGAAAAGUGACUUCGGAAAGUGUCCCCGCGUCAUGUGCGACGGCCAUGCCCUCUUGCCUGUCGGCCAAUCCGACCUCGCAAACUUGACCACUGUCAAGCUGUACUGCCCCAAGUGUGAAGACAUCUACAACCCCAAGUCGUCUCGCCACGCUUCCAUCGACGGCGCAUAUUUCGGUACCUCAUUCCACUCUAUUCUGUUCCAGGUCUACCCUGCCCUCAACCCGGCGAAGAGCUGCCGCCGCUACGAGCCCCGUAUUUACGGCUUCAGGGUGCAUGCUGCGGCUGCUCUUGCCCGCUACCAGGAUGGCGAGCGCCAGGAUCUCAAAAUGCGCCUCGCCGAUGUUGACCUUCCACACCGCUUUCUCGAAGAUAGCGAGUGCGAUGAUGCUUUCGAGCUCGACGAGGAUUAUGCUGAAAGCCGCAUUGCGUCUGCUCAGAAUCAGGCCCAGAUCGGUGAUGCGGCCUCCGCUAAGAUGGAGAUUGGCAACUAA